ACAUACAAAAAGAAAAAGAAAAAGAAAAAGAAAAAGAAAGAUUCCUCCCUUUUCGCCAAUUCUUUUCUACCCAUCCACCAUCAUGCCGCUUUACUGAAUUCCCACUUCCACUCUCUGCUGAUGGGCUGCGCCACCUCCAAGCUCGACGAUUCCCCGGCGGUGGCCUUGUGCCGCGACCGCUGCGCCUCCCUCGACGAGGCCGUGCGCCAGCGCUUCGCCUUCGCCGAGGCCCACGCCGCCUAUCUCCAGUCACUCGACGCCGUCGGCAUCUCUCUCAACCGCUUCUUCAACCAUGAUCUCCUCCUCCUCCCCCCUUCCCGACCCUCUUCGCCGCUCCUCAACCUCCCCCCUCGGAGAAAGGGAUCCGAUUCCGGCGACCAUCUCCGCUUCCACUCCGACUCCGACGAUGAUAAAUCCGAGCCUCUGCACCAUCUUGACACCACGCUGCCGGAUUAUGAAAAUCUCAGUUUCAGCCUCGGCGGCGGGGGGUAUAUGAAUGUGAAUUAUAUGAAAAAUCAAACGACGCCGUCGGUGGCGCAUACGCAGAUUCCGAUGAGCGCGGAAACUGUGCAUAUUGGUUAUGCUAAUGACAGCAAUCAUGAUUUCAACGGCUACUCGAAUCAUGGCGGCGGCGGAGGUGGAUUUUAUGGUGAUUCUUCCUCGAAUUCGAAAGCGCCGCCGAGAAGUUCGACGUGGGAUUUUCUGAACCCUUUCGACACCGUGGAGAAGUUCUAUCCCACUUACAGCUUGAGCCACGAUUCCAGAUCAGUGAGGGAGGAAGAGGGAAUACCGGAUUUGGAAGAGGAUGAUGACGAUGACGAUGAUGUGAUGAAGGCGGUUCACGGAGAUCAGAAUAGCGGAAGAAGCAGUUUAUCCAAGGCGCCGCAAGAGCGAAAGGAUUCCAAUUCAAAGAAAAGCGUCGACAAGAGUGAAGUUAUUGGUGAGAAGACCUCCAAAAAUGGUAAUGAAUUGAAGCCUCGUGGCGGGUUCAAGGAUGAUAUGGAAGUCUUGAAAGAGAUUCAUCUUCAAUUUGAGCGUGCUUCCGAGUGUGGAAAGGAUCUCUCUAACUUUCUUGAGGUGGGGAAACUCCCUUACAAACAGAAACAUGUUUCUUCAAAGAUACUGCAUUUAACUGCAGUCUCUUUCCAGCCUUGGACGUCUGAUGAUGGCGAUCCUGUUUUGUUAGACGUAGUCGAAGAUGUGGAACUCAAGUCUAAAAGCCUUUCUUCCGUUUUGCAUAAACUUCAUCUGUGGGAGAAGAAACUGUACGAAGAAGUGAAGGUUGAGGAGAAAAUGAGAGUUGACCAUGGACGGAAGUCCAAAAAGAUGAAGCAUAUGGAUGUAAGAGGCUCUGAGUCACACAAAGUGGAGGCAGCCAGAACUUUGGUUAGGAGUCUUUCGACGAAAAUCAAAGUUGCAAUUCAGGUGGUUGAUAAGAUCUCAAUGAGGAUAAAUAGGUUGAGAGAUGAGGAGUUGUGGCCACAGCUACAUGACUUCGUUCAAGGGUUAACUAGAAUGUGGAAGUCCAUGCUCGAAUGCCACAACAAUCAGUGUCAAGCGAUUGGAGAAGCCAAACGUGUAGACACCAUCACGUCCCAACAGCACUUCACGGAUGCUCAAUUUGAAGCCACACGCCAGCUUCAGCACGAUCUUGUCAACUGGACUCUAUGGUUCUCUCGUUGGAUUGGUGCACUAAAGGGUUAUGUCAGAGCGCUGAAUAACUGGCUCAUGAAAUGUCUGCUCUACAUACCUGAAGAGACCCCAGAUGGAAUAGUGCCAUUCUCUCCCGGGAGGAUGGGUGCCCCUGCAGUGUUUGUUGUGUGUAACCAGUGGUCGCAGUCACUGGACAGAAUUUCCGAGAAGGAAGUGGUGGAUUCUAUGCGAGAGUUUGUAUCAAACGUGCUGCAGGUGUGGGACAGGGAUAAGGCGGAGAUGCGCCAAAAGAUGGUAGCGGAUAAAGAUGAGAGGAAACUCAAGAGCCUCGAGAAGGAAGAGCAGAAGAUACACAAGGAGAUUCAGUCAUUAGAGAGAAAGAUGGCGCUGAUCCCCACUGACACGCGCGUUGUCUAUCAGAGUGAGACAACUAAAGGAGGGAGUGUGCAGGCAAGUCUACGACACGUUCUUGAGGCCAUGGGGAAGUACACUGGUAACUCUUUGAAAGUAUACGAGGAGCUCUUGCAACGUGUCGAGGAACACAAACAAGCUGCUUCAUAGAGUGUAGAUGAAAUGAGGUCUUUCAUCUCUAGUGUCAAAUUAGCAAUGAAGAUGAGGUUGUUACUUUUGACUUGAGAGAACUCAAAAAUAUGCUUCAGUCAUAAAUCCCAAGAUAUCUGAGAAGGUGUGUUAUGGUCGUGGACAGAGUGAGCUCGAAACUGCAGAUCAUGUAGGCGGAUCGGAGUGUAAAUGUAAACAUUGGUGUGGAGAUUUGUGUGUAAUCAAUUUAGGUUUUUGCAUCACCAUCAUUUUCACCGCAUGUCACUAGGGAAUAAGGAUGCAUGCUGAAGAAAGUCAUGUUUAGUAAUGUUAUAUUUGAAGUUGUGUAUAGCAAGUCUUUUUCUUGAUGUCUAGCAGAUAUGAAUUUGCAGCAAUUGUGAAUCGGUGAUGAAAGCAAAGAAAGGAGCGUAUGUGCAA